GAGGAUGGCCUUGGCCAUGGCAAUGGCGCCCGCGCACGCAAGAUCCUGCGCGAGGAUCGAGUGGAAUGGAAGAAUGCAGCGCAGGGAGGUAAAUCCACGGCCCCGGUCCUGGCGUGUACGAGCAGCAGCGGGAGGAAAUGGAGCCGCCACUGUCGUUCUUGACAAAGACGAUGCGGCGCCGAGCUAUGGACGACAGUAUUUUCCCCUGGCAGCGGUCGUCGGCCAAGAAGCUAUCAAGGCCGCAUUGCUUCUGGGAGCUGUGGACAAUGGCAUUGGCGGAAUUGCGGUUGCUGGUCGACGCGGGACUGCCAAGACUGUCUUAGCUCGCGGCCUACACGCACUACUUCCGCCUAUAGAGAUUGUCGCUGGCUCCAUCGCGAAUGCCGAUCCAUCUCAUAGCGAGGAAUGGGAAGAUGGUCUGGAAGAGAAAAUCGCUCUAGGCAGCGAUGGCAAGCCCGUGGUCGAAGUUGUCAAAGCACCUUUCGUGCAGGUGCCACUCGGUGUUACAGAGGAUCGUUUGCUGGGCUCGGUGGACGUGGAGGAGUCGAUCAAGCAGGGAACCACUGUCUUUCAGCCGGGGCUGCUUGCUCAGGCUCAUCGCGGAGUACUUUACGUGGACGAGAUCAAUCUUUUGGACGAAGGCAUUAGCAAUCUUCUGCUCAACGUGCUGACUGAAGGGGUCAACGUGGUCGAGAGGGAGGGUGUGAGCUUUCGCCACCCUUGUAAGCCGCUCCUCAUUGCAACUUACAACCCGGAGGAAGGCGCUGUUAGGGAGCAUCUGCUAGAUCGUAUUUCUAUAAAUCUCAGUGCUGAUGCCGCACUUGAGUUUGAGGACCGAGUUUCAGCAGUCGAUAUUGCAACUCAGUUUCAAGAGAGUUCGAGACUGGUUAUGUCAAACUCCGCAGAAGCAACUGAGUCCGCAAGAACACAGAUAAUAUAUGCUAGGGAGUGGCUCAAAGAUGUAACAAUAGGUAGAGAGCAAACGAAGUAUCUCGUCAUGGAAGCCAUUCGUGGCGGCUGUCAGGGGCAUCGUGCGGAAAUUGGUGCUGUCAGAGUCGCCAAGGCAUUGGCGGCCUUAGAUGGCCGAGACAAAGUUGGCGUCGACGACUUGAAAAAAGCUGUCGAACUUGUGAUCAUUCCUCGCUCCACAUUGCAAGACGCACCAGAGCAGCCGAACAAUCAGUCACCUCCGCCACCGCCUCCCCCGCCUCCACAGAAUCAACAGGAAGAUCAGGAUAAAGACGAGGAAGACGACGAAGAAGAGGACGAUGACGAGAGUGAUGAGCAACAACAGGAGCAAGUUCCUGAAGAGUUCAUUUUCGAUGCUGAAGGGGGGCUUGUAGACUCCCAGCUGCUUUUCUUUGCACAGCAAGCCCAGCGUCGAAAAGGAAAAGCCGGACGUGCAAAGAAUGUCAUCUUCUCGGAGGAUAGAGGCCGCUAUAUCAAACCAAUGCUUCCUAAGGGUCCCGUCAGGCGGCUGGCCGUGGAUGCAACGUUGAGAGCUGCUGCUCCAUAUCAAAAGCUACGCAAGCAAAGAGCACUCGAGCAGGGUGUCUCCAGGAAAGUUUACGUAGAGCAGUCAGACAUGCGUGCAAAACGAAUGGCCCGCAAGGCUGGUGCUUUGGUGAUUUUCGUGGUGGAUGCAAGUGGAAGUAUGGCGCUGAAUCGUAUGAACAAUGCUAAAGGAGCGGCAAUGCAAUUACUUGCUGACAGCUAUACGAGCCGGGAUCAGGUUUCUAUCAUCCCUUUCCGAGGCGAUGCCGCUGAAGUCUUACUUCCACCAUCGCGCUCGAUUGCCAUGGCAAGAAAGAGGCUAGAGAGGUUGCCCUGCGGUGGUGGUUCUCCUUUGGCUCAUGGUCUGAGCACGGCUGUGAGAGUGGGCCUAAAUGCUGAAAAGAGUGGAGAUGUUGGACGGAUAAUGAUCGUUGCCAUCACUGACGGCCGGGCAAAUGUCUCGCUGAAAAAGUCUACCGGAGACCCGGAAGCUAUUGCUCCAGACGCUCCCAGGCCAUCGCAGCAGGAACUCAAGGAUGAGAUCAAAGACAUCGCUGGAAAGAUUUACAAAACAGGGAUGUCACUGCUGGUGAUCGACACAGAGAACAAGUUCAUCUCCACUGGGUUUGCUAAAGAGAUUGCGCGACUUGCUCAAGGUGAGAGAUCUCGAGUUACAUGUAGUAGCAACAAGGAAACCUUGGAACUUGUUCUUUCAGGAAAGUACUACUAUCUUCCAAACGCUUCCGACGCGGUAGUGUCCGCCGCAACCAAAGAGGCACUCACGGAUCUCAAGAACAAGUGAGAGUCGAGGGUCACUGUGAGCGCCGCUCAGAUUUUGAGAGCUUGUCUAAAAAGCUGCUGAGCCAAUGUAAGAUUUGUUCUUGCCAAUGUAAUAGUAAUGUAAUAGUCUGUUCUUACA